AUGGGACUUACGGCACCGAAAUGCCCCUUCCUUGCCCAUCAGGCAACGCUGGCCGACUUUGCCAGGCGCUUCCCACCACCCUACUACUCUCUGAGCCUCGAGGGUGGGCUGGGUUGGAGCCUGAUCCGCAUCUCGUUUGAUCCGGGCGCCUCUAACUUACGGUCGAUACGAUCCCAUCCCCCUCUCCUCCGUCUUUUCUCUCUUUACCUAAGCUGAAUGGGCUCCAGCUUUUGCUUCUUGGCUUGGGGCGCCUCUUCUGCCAUCUUCAUGCUCGUCCAGCGGCCGCCUGCAAGCUGCUCCCAGCUCCUAUUAUUUAUUUAUUUUGCAGACGAAUUUACCCAGUUCCUUUCUGGGAAGCCGGCAGGGGGGAAGGAGGAGGAGGAGCAAGAGGAGGCGGGGAGAGAUUUACGCACGAAAGCGCGCAGGGUAGGCUGGGCGGAAUGCCUGAUCCAGCAACAGAGUGGAUUCGCGGGCAUUGGCCUUAAAAAUAAAAAAGGCGGAAGGGCUUGGCCCCAGAUUUUCAGGUAGGACCGGCGAUAAUGCAACUCCCAGUUCUGCGCUUGGGCGCGCGCUUGAAUUGUUAGCAAAAAAUUGCAACCAAGGAUGAAAACGCGCCCAGCGAAGUUCGCUGCGCUCCAAAACUCCAGAGCGGGGAUGCAGUGUUCCUUUUGGACUAGGAAGCGCAAUGGAGAUGGCAGGGAAAUUCCUAGGAAGGCAGGCGCCCGGGCCUCUUCCAACCGCGGCUUGCAUUUCAGUGCAGGCAGUUUGCAAGGGCGCCCUGCCGGGGUGUGGUUAGCGAUGGGGCUGGCCCCAUCGGAGGGCUUCGCAGCCAUCUUUUUGCCAGCGCUGCUGCUGCUGUGUGGCUUGUGCCGGAUCCUGCUGCUCUAGAGUCAGUUUUCCGCUUGGAGGGUGAGUUGGUGGAAGGUUCGUGCGUAAAGGCACUUAGUUGCGCGUAGUUACGUUUCAGUUGGAGGUUGAGACUGAACUGGCUGCUUAGGAUACCGUCCCUGACCCCCGCCCCUACUUUCCUGGAGAAAGCCCCGCUGCAUGCAAUAGGGCUUACUUCUGAGUAGACAUGCUGAGGCUUGCGCUGUCGGUGACUCUUUGGGUGGUACCAGCUGGUUAGAGAACUACCAGAUGUUUCUCCAGGCUGCUUGUAAAAAAACAAAACGAUUCCUGGAAAUGCUAGAAAUCUUGCUGCUACUUCUGUAAUCCUUUGCUGAACUAGUUUGGUGGUAUUUUCAACUGUUGCGGGUUUGUUUUGGGUGGGGAAAUGAGACGUGAGAAAUACAGCUGGUCCCGAGGGUUGCAUGCACGUUCACCGUUGAGCUAAUGGCAGCAGUAUAACUUAGAUUACAUGAGGGCUGAGGUUCUAGGUGAAGGGAAUAACUGGGCUGUUUCCUUGUAAUUUGGAAAGUGCUUGUUUGUCCUUUAGGCGUGGCAAGAUGUAAAAACUAAAGGCAGAAAAACCCCAAACACCAUAUACAUCUCCUCCUCCAGCAGUACCAUAAGACAAACUUAACUGUUGUUACACAAACCGGCCUGCGGACUUUCAAAUAUUGGUUGGUGUUGGCUAAGCCUCAGGAGUUUGGGUUCCCCACAAACAAGGGACAGGCAGAUCUGAAUGGUCCAUAUCAGACUUCACACCAGGCAGUGGUUAAGGAAUCUUAAUUACAUGUUUGUGUGGUGGCCAUUGGCAAUUUAUAGUUAGCAGCUGGCUAGCAAUCCAGAACCAGAAACCCUAGCUUGAAAUGGAUAUGCAAACAAUGGUUUGUGCUAUUGGAUAAUUGACAAACCAGAACAGCUGAUGGACUAUAGAGAUAGGAAAGAAAGGGGGGUGAUUCAGAGUGCUGUUAACACCUUUCCUUCCACAUCUGGAGCUCUUUUUAGGAAUUAAGGGUGCUCUUGUCUGCAUGGAUGCUGCACAAAGCACCCAAUGAAAUAUUUCAUUAUUAGGCUGGGUUGUAGCAAUUGAAGUCAAAAGUAGCUUCUGCUUCGGGGGGGGAUGGUGUUGUGUUUAAAGCACAUGGUGUUCAUUCUGCUGGCACUGGAAUGCACUGGGAAGGUCUUUCCAUAAUUAUUUCACUACCUCUAUACAGCUGUCUGCUGAAUUUCUUUGCCUUUAGUGUAACUAGGAGAGGAGCAAUGGAGCACCUGCUGUGGGCAGAUCCUAGUAAGGAGUGCAAAAUAGGCAUCCAAUAUGUUGACAGUUGUUAAAUUAAUCCUGGAUUAUAUCAUAUUUUCUUUUCAGUAUAAACUAAUGUUCAGAACGGUAGUUGAAAAGGCAAGUUCUGCUGACUCAGAGGGUUAGUCGGGGCAGUGGACCAGGUGAAGUGGUCCUGUUGCAUGUUUUCAUUGGCUCCAUGCAGUGUUCAAAAUUAGCCAGGUGCAUCUUGCACCUGUCUAUUGACAGUUCACGACCAAGUGAAGAUACCUGGGUGCCAGGAUGGCACCUGACAUCUCCAGUAUCAGGCUAGCUGGUGCACAGCAUCAUUUUUUUUGCUGCCAUGCUAUGGCUCAUGACUCAGAUUCGUUUUCAACUUUGCAAACUUGCAAAACAAACAAAAGGCCUCUAAACAUUUCAUUGGUGCAACCGGGGCAAUAGCUUUUAUAUCUCAGUUUCUAUCAUAGUGAAGGACAGUCAUAACCAUAUGACACCUAGCCAGCUUUUGGCAGAUCAGUUUGGGAGCAAGAAAAAUCACUCUGAGAUGUGAAAAAUUGAAAAUUCAUUGGUAGCAUCCUUAAAAGCCCAUGGACAUUUUCAUCAGUGCUACUGGCAGAAAAGGAACUCUCUGUGAUUGCAUUGCAAAUUGCAAAGAUCUUCCAAAGACAUUAAUGGUUGUGUAAUGUAUUGAUAGCUGUUAAAAAGACAUUAAUCAUGUAGAAUUUUCUGUUCAGCCUAGAAUAAUAGGGCAUGUUUUCGGGAUGAUACUGACUUGCCCUGAGGCAAGAACCCUGAGGUGAAGAACUUGCCUCAAGCCCUCCAGAUGUUGUUGAACUUUGUUUCCCAGCAACCCCCAAAAAGCUAGGUGCCAAAUGGCUCCUUAAACCAGGGUUACAGUUGCCAAAACGGAAUGCCUAGUUGCCAUUUUGGGGCCAGAUGGCUCAAAAGUCGUAUUUUUCACUACAGCUUUUUGGUUCCUGAAAUUCAUUCUGAUUGUGCAGAUAAAAUAUAACAGAAUUCUGCAGUGGUAUUAUUAGUGUGUGAAAACAGUCAAGAUCCAAGGAUCCCCAGGCAUGCACCUCCAGAUGAUGGAGACACCAGAUACCAUCCUGGUGCAUAGGCGUCUUCACUUGCUCACAAGUGGCCAAUAGCCAGGCCUGGCAAAUUUCAAACACUGCUUGCAGAUAUUGUUGUACUGCAGUUCCCAUAAUCACUGACCAUUGGCCCUGCUGGCUGGUGCUAAAGGGAGUUGGAGUCAUAGAAUUAAAGCACUGUAGAGUUGGAAGGGACAUCAAAGGUCAACUGGUCCAACCUCCUGCAAUGCAGGGAUCUUAACUAGAUCAUACAAGACAGAUAGCUAUCCAACCUCUGUUUAAAAACCUCCAAGGAAGGAGCAUCCACAACCUUCCAAGGGAGUCUGUUCCACUGUCAAACAGCUCUUACGGCCAGAAUGUUCUUCCUGAUGUCGAAUAACAUCUGGGGGGGCAGAGGCCCCCCACCCCAGAUCUACUCCAUCACUCUCUGAACUAUCCCUCUUGAACUUGCAUGGUCCUUAUUUUGAAGCUCUGUAAGUUAGUAGUAUUAACUGCAACUUGUGCUAUUGCUACUGAAAUUUGUUGUCUCUUGAAGAUUUACUUGCAGAGCCUAAUUCUGAUUUGAUACACAAAUAAAAUCUAAAGGCUAUGCCUAGCUAACUAUUACUAUUUCCUCCUCUAGCUAAGUUCCAUUGAAGUUUCACUGAAGACUGUAUCAAUGAAAGUCUGCGCAAAAACAGGGUUUGUCGACUUAGCAGACAAAGAAUAUGACUUGCUACUUUCCCCAAGGCUGAGAUUUUCUAACUGGUGUGUUCCUUUCGUCCUGUUAGGUUCCUGGAAAAUCUCUUGUCAUGGAGCUUUAAAACAUGUGGUUUUUACUAAUGCUAGAAAAAACCUUUCAUAAACCGGCUGUGUAGAUAGUAGCAGCAAAUUUAUUAAACCAGGUAGCACGCUUUUUAGUAUUUAAAUAACGCCUUUUACAGUGGCAUAUGAAAGAUAAUAAUGCAUUAGGAAAUAAAUGGGGCACUUCCAAAUGGCUGCUACCAUUACUCUUGAUUUGUUUAUCUUUGCUUAAAAGCAGCUGGCAGUAGAACCCAGAUGAUUCUCAUAAACCAGUAAAAAUUGCUAUAAUGAGAAACUACUUAGGUAUUUUGUAAAUCUAAAAGUAAAAUAAAAACCUCUGGUGAGUUUAACAUUGGACUUUCCAUACGUUGACUCCAGCCAAGUGCUCUUUAGCUAGUCUGCAAAUUGUUUCAGAUGCAGCUCUGCAGGCAAAUUUUCCUGACUGCUAACUUGGAUAGGGACGGGGUGGCGCUGUGGGUAAAAGCCUCAGCGCCUAGGACUUGCCGAUCGAAAGGUCGGCGGUUCGAAUCCCCGCGGCGGGGUGCGCUCCCGUCGCUCGGUCCCAGCGCCUGCCAACCUAGCAGUUCGAAAGCACCCCCGGGUGCAAGUAGAUAAAUAGGGACCGCUUACCAGCGGGAAGGUAAACGGCGUUCCGUGUGCUGUGCUGGCUCGCCAGAUGCAGCUUGUCACGCUGACCACGUGACCCGGAAGUGUCUGCGGACAGCGCUGGCUCCCGGCCUCUAGAGUGAGAUGAGCGCACAACCCUAGAGUCUGUCAAGACUGGCCCGUACGGGCAGGGGUACCUUUACCUUUAACUUGGAUUACCUUGCAGAAAAUUCGUGAGUUUCAAAGGCUGGGUUCUUCCACUGACCCUCUUCCAAACAGCACACAGCAGUUAUGUUUAAAUGUAGCCUGAGCUACGUCUUCUAUUGCAUAUGGUUCCCAAAAAGUUUCAGGGGGGUGGGGGGAGGGAGGGAGCAGAUCAACAGCCCAAAUAAUUGUUUAUUUGCAUUAAUAUGUGUGAAUGUGUCUCCAACAGAAAAUGAUCCACAGUCUGUUUCUUAUAAACUGUUCUGGUGAUAUAUUCUUGGAGAAGCACUGGAAGAGCGUUGUCAGCCAAUCUGUGUGUGAUUAUUUCUUUGAAGCUCAGGAGAGAGCGGCCGAUGUUGAAAAUGUGCCUCCUGUCAUCUCCACGCCUCACCACUACCUCAUCAGCAUCUAUCGGGAUAAAAUAUUUUUUGUGUCUGUCAUACAGACAGAAGUGCCACCACUCUUUGUCAUUGAAUUCCUUCACCGUGUAGCAGACACUUUUCAGGUUAGUCUGUGGAGCAAUUGUAGGGUUUCAGAGGGGAAACGAAGGUCUAAUUCCUACGAGUUGCGGGCCUUGGGGAAGUUCUUAGCCAGGUAUAGGCAACUCGGCUCUCCAGAUGUUUUGGGACUACAGUUCCCAUCAUCCCUGACCACUGGUUAGUUAGGGAUGAUGGGAGUUGUAGUCCCAAAACAUGGGGAGGGCCAGGUUUGCCUAUGCCUGUUCUUAGCCAUGUGAGCAUUCCACGGGGUGCUCAGUUGCAUUUAAAUACACUUGUCCCACACUCUGGCCUGUUUGCCUGGAACAGGCUUCCUGAAACUUGGCCCUCCAGAUGUUUUUGGCCUACAACUCCCAUGAUCUCUAGCUAGCAGGACCAGCGGUCAGGGAUAAUGGGAAUUGUAGUCUCAAAACAUCUGGAGGAAGCCUGGCCUGGAGGAUUCCUCUCCCACUUUUAUAUACAACAAGCAUUUAACUUUUAGAAAUGCUUUGUUUUGUACAACUAACUAGUAAUGUAAUGAAUUAGCCCAGAGUGGGUGAAAUUGGGUAACUAGAAUAGAAAUAAUUUUAGUCAAAUACAAAAACAAAGUGGUAGUUAGCUUUUUUUGUUGAGAGGGGCUAUUGCUAAAAGGAGCAUCUGUCUAUAUUAGGGGUGGCAGACUUUGACAGGUGGGAAAGGCAGCUCACCUAAGAAUUAUAUAGGCGCCACUCUAAUGUCACAGGUGGGUUGCCCUGGCCACCUGUCAAAAUUCUUUGCAGUCCCAUCUGAGCAUGGGAGAGCAGGGAAACAAGUGGACAUCGGCUCUGGCAAGGACUGCUCCAUUGCAUUGCAAUGGAGAAAAAAUACCAGGUCUGCUUGCUUUUGCUGCACUCAGCAAUUCAUCUUAAGUGUGGUUCAGAAAGCUUGCAGAGCAUUAGGCUGUGGCAGUUGCUGAAUAUAACAUGGUUUUUAGGUGAAGGAAAAGCUUUUAACUGGAAUAAAUCGCCUCCUUUGCAUCCUCUGCUUGGUUUAGGAUUACUUUGGAGAGUGCUCAGAGACUGCAAUUAAAGACAAUGUUGUUAUUGUCUAUGAGCUUCUUGAAGAAAUGCUGGACAAUGGCUUUCCUCUGGCAACAGAAUCCAACAUCCUGAAGGAGCUCAUUAAACCUCCCACGAUCCUGCGCUCCGUUGUCAACUCCAUCACAGGUACCACGACAGCUUCCAAACGCAACUUGUUCUUGAAAUCAAAGGCUUGACCACUUUGUGCUUCUCCAAAUUUCUGUUGGUUUGUGCAAACUCAGGAAGAGAAACCUUUGAAUGUUUCUUAAGUUCCUGAGCUAUGAGAGCAGGAUCAGAUAACAUGCCCUCCGCCUUGGAGACACUGGCUGGGACUGAUGAGAUUUACAUCAGCCAUGUUGGCUGCUCCUGCAAAAGAGGGCCAGACCUCUUAUCCCGUGACUGCUAAAUUUAUCCAGCAGCAGCAUUUGCUUAGCGGGGGCUUUGUCAGAGAACUAUGUAGUAUUUACCAGACCAGCCUAUCCACUUGCUUGUUGACACUCUCAAAUCACUCCAGAUGGCACUGAGGCUAGGGCUGGGCGAUAUAUCAAUAUAUAGUUCAAAACGAGUUUCAUGAAUUGGUUUUAUUAUUUUUGACCUGGCAAUAUAUCAUGAAUCUUGAUGUAUGUGUGUGCUAUGUAAAAAUCAAAAAGUGGGAAACACCGUGAAGCCAGCCAAUGCUCUACAUAGCUCCAUCCUUGAUAUUUAGCUGGUUACAUAUUGCAAAAAACAGAUAUUGAAAACCAGAUAUCGCCCAGCCCUGGCUGAAGCAAGAUUUUCCUUGUUGAUUCUUCUGCAAAGAUUAUUCGUCCAUAUACACAUUGGGGAAACUGGUGCACAGUGCCUUUAAAGAUAAUGUAUGCUUUGUACCAGUUUACCUCGGACAGAUGUUAAGCUAAUUGGCACGUAGCUUCCUGAGUCCCUUGUUAAAAAUCAGCAUCACGUUGCCUACUUUCCAGUCAUUCAGUAAGGAGGGUGGUGGGUUUCUGUGUGUCUGUGUGUGUAUGACAGGUUUUUUUGUUUCCUUAGGAUAUUGAUUUCUUACUGGUUUCUUUUGGCUAUUCUUGUAUUUUCAAGGCAGCAGCAAUGUGGGUGAUACUCUUCCAACUGGGCAGCUGUCAAACAUUCCCUGGAGAAGAGCAGGAGUAAAGUACACCAACAAUGAAGCUUACUUCGAUGUGAUUGAAGAAAUAGAUGCCAUUAUAGACAAAUCUGGUACGAGGCUUUCAAAUGUGUGUUCUUAUCCUUGGCAGAGUGAAAUGGAAGAGUUAGAGCUGGGGUUGUGCUUCACGAAUAGUCUUCAGUAAUAUCUUUUAUAUAGUAGCUUGGAUUUCGAAGUUCUCAGUGAAAUUUGAUAUCUCAGUAAGCCUACCUUACAGGGUUGUUGUAAUGUCAAUAUUAACUACUCACAUGUUGUAGAUAAGGGGCCAAUGCUGAAACUGAAUGACUUUCUUAAGACCGCUUGAUGAGGUCAUGGGAGGAACAAGAUUUGGAAAUGGCACAGUUUGUUCUUCUAGCAGCUAUGCCACAGUUGCUAAAAAACAUCUUCAGUUGUUGUGGCAAUUCAAAAACAUAUCCCCAGGACAAAUAAUAUGCAAUGAACUGAAGUCUGCCUGAAGCACAUUAAAUUAGUUUAUUCACUUGCAUGGUGCAAAUGACUCCUUAAGGUGUGAUCUGCUGAUAAUCCUCUUUUAGGAGAUCGCUCUGUAAUCUUUCCUUCCUCUCUGCCAGGCUCCACCGUCUUUGCAGAAAUUCAAGGGGUCAUUGAUGCCUGCAUCAAACUCUCGGGGAUGCCUGAUCUUUCACUUUCUUUUAUGGUAAGUCACAUUUUCGUUUAUAGUGUGUGUGCAUGUUCGUUCUAAAUAGAAGUAGAGGUCUGCAUUCACCUGAACGCAAAUAGAACCCACCGUACAAUCGUGGAUCCUCAAGCAGCUGAUUGGUGCUGUCAGCGAGUUCCGCUUGGAAAAAACCAGUCAGGAUCUCACUUUGGUUCCUGAUUGGUCUUUUGUAGAGCCAUGUAGACAUAUGAUAUCAGGUGUGGGAGCAGGUGGCUAUGGUUUGUGGGGAAACUGCCCAAUUACUAUUAGUAGUAGUAGUAGUAAUUUCUGUACCACCCUUCAUCCAAAGACGACAGGUUGGUUUGCAAUAUAAAUUGAGGCCCAGGCUGGGCUUAAUCAGGCUUAUGGGCCAAAGGUUCCCCCCUCCCUGUCUUAAAUAACAGUGAAUGAGAGGAAUUAAAGUAAUUGUGCAGGAGAGGGACCCGCUAUCCCAGCACUAGCCGUGUUGGACAGACUCCCAGCAGUGUGUCCUUUGCCUUGUUACUGUUGCUUCCAGUCGCUCUGGCCAGCCUAAAUCUGGGUGAGCGAAGUACCCAUGAUCUAGAUUAUUCAACCCAUGAGAAGGGGACCUCCAUCUAAGCUCCCAGUCUGCACCACUCAAGCAUCAGCCUGCCUUCCCCCCCUACCUCCUGUUAACUUAAAACCGGUACUGUAUUUCAAGCAGCCAGGGCAGCGUGGAGGGAGCCCUGUCCCUGGGUGGCAGAGAAUCCUCCUGUGCCUCAAAUUCUAAAUGCAGUAAGUUCAUUAAAGAAGGGAAAACAUAUGAAUGGCAGUGAGUAUUUAUUAUUCAUUUAUUUAAGCACCAACGUGCCCAGUUGUGUACAGAGAGUCACUUUGGGGCUCCAUGAAGUGCCCAGAAAAAAUGGAGAAAAUAACUUGGGAAGGAAAUGAGUAACAGCCAUGGGGUGAUCCACUGGCAAAGGCUAACUGAAGCACUUGCAAGCUGCAUGUAGGGAAUGAGUCUGUUACAAGCGCCAGGAAUCACCUUGAAGGUGAGGAGGAGGCAAAUAUGUGUGUUACACAGAAGGACUCAGGUCUAUCACAGUUUGCGUGUGUGGUUUAUACACAAAUGAACGUGAGGGAUAGAUGUUGGCUCUUGAGAGUUGAAGCACAGCACUCAUCCAAAAGCAUUAAUCAUUAACUAGUGCAAUCCUAUUCAUGUUGACUCAAAAGAAAGUCCCACUUAACCCUAAAUUAGUUUGCAUAGGCUUGUGGCUAUUGUCUCCUCCUAUCUUCCAAAAACCUUAUUAGUUGGCACAUGACAGUGACUUGCCAAAUAACAAGGCAGUGAGUUUAACUGGGCCAGGUUUUGAAAAUUUCUAGAUUUGCCAACAUCAACAUAUUCUAAUGAAUAUGAGAGGGAAAUAUUAUGACGCUCCAGGAUGAAUAAUGAAAUCCUAAAACUGUAGAGUUGGAAAGAAAAAGAACCCUUAGGUCAUCUAGUCAAUGUUUAGUAUGACUGAGAAAGUGUUUAUCUUGAUCCAUCUUCUAUAGAAUCCAAGACUCCUAGAUGAUGUGAGCUUUCACCCCUGUAUUCGAUUCAAGCGCUGGGAGUCAGAAAGAGUGCUCUCCUUCAUUCCCCCAGAUGGAAACUUCAGAUUGAUUUCCUAUCGAGUCAGCUCACAAAAGUAAGUCUGAAGAUGAGGGACUGUGUAUAUACACAACAGUUGUCUUUGCUGUCAUCCACGAUCCUGUUAAACUCUCUCUAAUCUUUUCGUUGCUGCCGUACGCAUGCUGAUACCUUUCUGUAACCUCCGUAGGACAGGUCUUAGAAACAUGGGCUAAUAUUGCUUAUUUUUUCUGUGCCUAACAAAAACUGAGCAUCUCUGUGUGCAAAAAAUUAGGCAAAUCCCUACCCACAGACUCAGAAGUGGUUUUGUUAUGAGGAUCCCAUAGUUUGCUGAAAGCUAGUUUACACUGUUGAUGAAAGAAAAUGACACACUCUCUCCAGUUCACAUACCCAUUCACCUGUUGUCAAAUGAGGGUGGGUGACAUUUUGGUGGGUCCCCCCCCCUAAUUUAGGGGUAAAUUAUUUUUAAAGGCUAGGAUUUUUUUCACCAAUGGUGGGAGUGGCUGGCUUUUUCUCUAACCGUAAUGGAGGUUCUUUUGGUGACUGCCAUUGCCACACUCCAUGGCAUGUAUGUGGGUUACUCAGGGAGGUGGAUGGCAGUCACUGAGACAAACUCCUUUUGUUGUUAUUUUAAAAAGCAGGGAAAUAUGUUAGUAAGCCAACCCCAGCUAUGUACCUUGGCACCGGGACAUUCCCAGGGGAACUGAAGGAGGCAGUGGUGCGCCCGCUUUUAAAGAAAACAUCAUUAGAUCCCUUAGAGCUAUCCAAUUACCACCCGGUUUCGAAUCUACCAUAUCUGGGUAAGGUAAUUGAGAGAGCGGUUGCUGAACAGCUUGGUAGGUUUCUGGAUGAAACAUCGGCUCUGGAUCCAUUCCAAUCCGGCUUCCGCGCUGGUCAUGGGACCGAGACGGCUCUGGUCGCCCUAACAGAUGAUCUCCGCAGGCAGCUGGAUCGAAGCGGGUCGGGGCUGCUGAUUCUUCUAGACCUGUCAGCAGCCUUCAACAUGGUCGAUCACGAACUCCUGGACCACCGCCUUGCCGUCGUGGGGAUCCAGGGCACAGUCCUUCAAUGGCUGCGCUCGUUUCUCUCUGGUCGGGGACAGAGGGUGGCGCUUGGGGGGGAGUUGUCAUCGCGCCACUCCUUGGUGUGUGGAGUACCUCAGUGUGCGAUACUCUCCCGAUGCUUUUCAACAUCUUUAUGCGCCCUCGCCCAGCUUGUCCGGAGUUUUGGGCUAGGUUGCCAUCAGUAUGCCGAUGACACCCAACUCUAUCUGUUGAUGGAUGGCCAUCCUGACUCGGCCCCAGACACACUGAUCAGAUGCUUGGAAGCUGUGGCUGGAUGGUUACGUGGGAGCCGGUUGAAGUUAAAUCCUUCGAAGACAGAGGUCCUCUGGCUGGGACGGGACGAUAUGGGAUUGAGGGGGCAACUCCCAUCUCUUGCGGGGGUGCAAUUAGUGCCAGCACCGUCCGUUAAGAGUUCGGGUGUAAUCUGUGAUACCUCCCUCUCCAUGGAGGCGCAGAUUGCAGCUAUAACAAAGGCGGCAUUUUUUCAUCUCCGCCAAGCUAAGCAGUUGGCUCCUUACCUCUCUCGCCCUGACCUAGCCACUGUGAUCCAUGCGACGGUCACCUCCAGACUGGAUUAUUGUAACUCGCUCUACGUGGGGCUGCCCUUGAGACUGACCCAGAAACUCCAGCGGGUGCAGGGGUCUUCACUGUGAGAUCGCAUUCAUCCGGUGCUAUACCAGCUGCACUGGCUCCCGGUGGAGUACAGGAUCAGGUUUAAGGUGCUGGUUUUAACCUUCAAAGCCCUAUACGGCCUAGGACCCUCAUACCUACGGGACCGCCUCUCCUGGUAUGCCCCACAGAGGAACUUACGGUCUUCAAAUAAAAACAUCUUGAAGGUCCCAGGCCACAGAGAGGUUAGGCUGGCCUCAACUAGAGCCAGGGCUUUUCGGCUGUGGCUCCAACCUGGUGGAACGCUCUGUCACAAGAGACAAGGGCCCUGCAGGACUUGACAUCUUUCCGCAGGGCCUGCAAGACAGAGCUGUUGCACCAGGCCUUUGGUCAGGGCGCAGCCUGACUCCCUCCUUCGGCAAUCUUUACAAAACUUUAGUUUUUGGUUGCCAUCAAUUUUGACUUUAAUUAAUUUUUAUAAUGUUUUUAUAAUGUUGCACUAUUUUAGUGUUGUUAGCCGCCCUGAGCCCGGCUUCGGCUGGGGAGGGCGGGAUAUAAAUAAAAUUUAUUAUUAUUAUUAUUAUUAUUAUUAUUAUUAUUAUGCGGAACAGUUAUAUGGCAGAACAUUUCCAAGAUUCAAAGCCAUUUGUCUAGGAGUUUGUCUAGUAGUUGUCUUGCGGCAAUCUCUCAUGUCCAUUUAGUAUAACUGUAAAUUGUGUUUCUUAUUAUUAGUUUCUACUGUUUUAUUGAUUUAUUGCAUAGUUGUAUAACAUACUCUGUUCUGAAGGGGAGAAGGUCAUAGCUGCCUGGGAGUGGGCCCCAGCCAGCAGAAUGGCUGGGACAGGUUUCACAGUGGGGGAUGCACUGGGACACCUGGUCUUAGUGAUCACGGUUAGGAGGAGGAGUUACGCUAGGAUCAGACCAUGUCAUUGCUGAGGAGGCAGGUUUAGUCGUCGUUUGAAGAUUAUCCCGGCCUCCAGGUCUGGCCUUGACCAGAAGGAUACUGGAAUCAACAAGGGAGACCCACAUGACCCUAAGGUGCUGCUGUGCAAUGCCAAGUCAAUGAUUCACAAGACCACCGUCAUCCACAACUUGAUCGUGGAUGGAGGACUUGACCUGGCAUAUGUAACAGAGACUUGGUUGGACGAGGCAGAUGGACCUGUUCUUGCUGCUGCUUGUCCACCAGGUUUCUCCUAUGCACAGCAACCCAGGUCAUAUGGGUGGGUGGGUGGGGUUGCAGUGGUUUUUAGGAAGUCAUUAGUUUGCACCAGGUGUCUUAUUGGGAAGACCCGGUUUUCUGAGUUCAUGUUCUGGAAGUUUGGCAAUUGGGGCAAUAUGGGAUUCCUUUUGGUGUACUGACCUCCCCGCUGCACCAACGAUUCUCUGCCCGAGCUGCUUCAGGUCGUGACAGAUGUUCUGCUGGAGACACCUAGUUUGGUUGUCCUAGGGAAUUCUAACAUCCAUGCCGACACGACCUUACAAGGGGCUGCUUGGGACUUCAUGGAAAGCAUGGCCUCCAUGGGGCUGUCCCUGAAUAAGUUUGGCCCAACUCAAAGCUGCAGACAUGCCUUAGAUCUGGGUGGGAAAGAGAAUGGAGGGGCUGUAAGGCAAACUAGAUUUGGGCUUGAUUUAUAAUGCAGGGAGAGAGAAUCAUAGAAUUGUAGAGUUGGAAGGGACCCUGAGGAUCAUCUAGUCCAACCCUGUGCAAUGCAGGAAUAUGCCGCUGUCCCUUAUUGAGGAUCGAACUUGCAACCUUGGCAUUAUCAGCACCAUGAUCUAACCAACUGAGCUAUCUAGGGAGUGGAAGUGGAACCAGGAGUUCACUGUUCUGACUACUUGCCUUCAUUCAUUACAAGCCUCUACUUCCCAAUGUGUAAAACAGCAUCUCAUAUUUGAUAUGUGCCCACACGGUUAAUGACUGCAUUUAAUCUCCUUUUUGAAUGUAUAGUUUGGUGGCCAUCCCAGUAUACGUGAAGCAUGCGAUUGGCUUCAAGGACAACUCAUCUUCGGGAAGAUUCGAUGUCACAAUUGGGCCCAAACAGAACAUGGGGAAGACGGUGGAAGGAGUCCUCAUGACUGUUCACAUGCCAAAAGCAGUGCUCAACGUGAACCUUACAGCCACACAAGGCAACCACACGUUUGAUCCUGUUACCAAAGUAAGUCCUGUUGUCCUCUGUGGGUUAUAUAACCCGCCUUUUGUAUAAUUUAGAGGGGCUUGCUCCAAUGAAAUGAAAAGAGGGGUGAUGCCUGCCAUGUGUAACGGAGCAUUGGACCAAUUCAUAUGGCUGCUUGACCUUCUCUAAUCUCUGCUUAAGUGUGCUCACCUUUGACUGCCUUAUGGGAUGUUGGGAACACGUGACAAGACACCUUUGGAUUUUAUUCAGCACUGUGCAAGCAGCAUUCUGCUUAUGCAACAAGACCCCCACUUCCUCCCUUCUCCCUGUGCAUCCCCCAAAAUCUCCAUCCAGGGAGUGCAUGGGGGGGGUGGGCUUCAGAGGAGAGGAGAUAAGGGAGAAGUUCUAUGCAGCCUAGGAUACAAGCUCACGCCUCAUACUUGAGCUUUCCUUGCUGUUUCACACAACUGCUUUACUUGCAUACAGCCUUGCCAGUGUGAGCUAAAUGCCCUGUCAUCACACACACACACUUACCUAACACAGGGAUGUUGCAAGUGUAGCGCUGACUCAUGGUUCUCGAGCAAAUGAUUAGAAAUAGCCAGGUUAAUGACACUCUAGAAUUGCACAGAAUUUGGAGUCCUGUAAAUCUUUCACUCAAAAGGGUAAGGCCUCGUGACCAUUGUCUUCCCUGUACAUCCCACUGACUCCUCAUUUUUCUGCUGAUUUCUUUGCCUGCCAGAAACAUUGCAAAAACAGCUGGGUGCAGAAUAAAACCCAAAGAUUGCUUAUUGUGCGUGAAUGUCCUCAAAUGGAUAUUAAUUAGGGGAGUUAUUUUGCAUUCCAUUUGCCUCGACUGAAACAAAUGUUUCUGGCCAGCUUUUCUCCCUCAGCUUCUCAGCUUGUCCUAUUAAGGUUACAGUCCCAAGUACCCGAUUUAGCAGUAAAUCCAACUGAACUGUGAGGCUUACUUCUGAGUAAACAUGGAUAGGAUUAGGGUGUGAGGCUGCAUUCAUGCACAUGAGCCUUUGUAAAUCCUGCUCAAACAAACAAAGAAUUCCUUCCAAGCAAACAGGGUUAGGGGGUGAGGAUCAGGCUCGUUCUUGGAAAGAGCCCCAGUGGAAGAAUAUUCUGUUACUUUCUUUCUCAUGUUUCUGUUGCUUUUUGGUUUAGAAAUGUAGGUUAGGAGCUUGCUGGCAGCAACAAAGCCGUUUGCUUCAGGAUCCUCAGCCAGGCCUUUAGCGUGUAUCUUGUCCAGCUUUUGUGAAACAGUUUUCUCUGUUUUUGCCCUGCUUGAAAGAACAGCUGCUGCAUAGCAAGAAAGCCGCAAGCCAAGAGGCCUCUGGUUCAAAACUUCCUGGAAGUGGAGCAAAGUGCCUUAGCCAGUUAUUUAAAUCUCAUCUUCAGCACAUGCACACAAUAAUAUGGGGGUGACAAUGUUGACUUUGUUGACAGGAAAAGCAGUUUGGAAAGGCACUGUUACCACUACUGUUUGUUGUUUAGGUGUUAACAUGGGAUGUUGGCAAAAUCACCCCGCAGAAGCUGCCCAGCCUUAAAGGGGUGGUGAAUUUGCAGUCUGGAGCGCCCAAGCCAGAAGAAAACCCCAACCUGAAUGUUCAGUUCAAGAUACAGCAGCUGGCUAUUUCAGGUAAGGUGCUUAUCCCAUUGGCCUGGAGCAGGACUUAGCGCUGAAUUUCCCUCCCAAACUUCAGGGAACACACAGCAGGUUGGGGUGAACUUAAGACUUCAGUAGCAUAUUUCAGUUCUUGAAGGCGACAUGCUUAGAGAGAUUGGCCAGUUCCUGAGUUUCAGCUCACAAGCACAGCCAAGAAGCAGGAGAGGGGCUAGCUUUCUCACCAUGCAGGGGCUCCCAAAGUACACGGUGGGACAAACAGAAGGGGCAGCAAAUUGCAAGGAAGUUGAGCAAACUGCAAAACAGAUGUAGCUCUCACCAGCUCCCCCCCCCCUUGCCACUCUCUCUCAUACAAGAGAGAUUGUACUGUAUGACGACAUAAAAUGUGUUUUACAGAGGAAAAAGUACUUUUAUAAGGAAAUAAUGUUUGCAUGAAGUUUGGGCUUAAUUCUUAAAACCACUGGGCUGACUAGUUUUGAGAAACCUGCUGCAGCUGGAGCUUUUUAAAAUAAAAAUAAAAAUCUGAUUUAAAUCAGUAUCUAAAAGUAUCCACCCUAUCUCCUGCAAUAAAGGCCGUCCGCUCUACCUCUUAUCUGCCACCAAUGGCAUUUCAGUAGUCUGUAUAGAAUGUGAGACCUGCAAAAAUAUUGCAGUUUGUCUACCAGAAGGAAUGUUCCUUUUCAAGGCUCUAGCUACCGCUUUUCCAGAAUACUAAGAGCUGCAUAGUUAGUUCAAUUGUUUCUUCCUCUGCACCACCCCUUUCCUAUUUGGCACUUCCCAUUUCCCGAAGGUCAGUGAGCACGCUCAGUCUUCAUUGGGCUCUUCUUGGGUGGGGAUUGCCCCCUUUUGAACUUUAAAUAAGUUUUGCAUUUCUGCAUACUGCAGAGUUCAUCUGAACACAUUGUCCCGGCCUCCUUGUUCCUCAGCAGCCCCAUUUAGGCUCCAGUCCUGUCAAUAAUCAGUCACCCAGGUUUGCUAUUAGAGGAAGGAGCUGUCUGCUUUGCUGACUGCAGAACUGUGCUUUGGGGCACAAUAUUGGCAUCCACCAUAAAGAGUGUUUUUUCCCCCCUUAUUGCUAUGAAGAUAGCAAAUGUCUGAUGCCUGCUGAAAUCUUAAAAGUCUCAGAAGUGGCUGAAGAUUGCCACUGCCUAAAGGGCUGUGUGUGGCCUCAGAGCCCUGCUUAAUAUUCUACCGUGUUCACAUUUUAGUGGGGUGGUUCUGAAUUUGUCCUAUUAUAAUAUUGCAAGAUGAGCACUUAGACAACAUUUUAUCUUUGUGAUGUUUUGAAUUCUGCAUGUUUUAGUAACUAAGUUAUAGUGUGACAUUUUUUAUAGCAAGUGACAAGUGCAAUGAAUAAUAGCAACAACAACAACAUCUAUCUCCAUGACUAGCAAAAGGGGGCCAAUCUGAACAAAUUCAGCUGUUCAUGGUGCAGAAUUGUAACCUGAAAUUGACACAUACCCAGUUGACCUUUCCCACGCUGAUGCUCUCUAGUUAUUUUGGACAACAAUGCCCAUUAUCUUUUAUCGCCGAUUAUGGCUGAUGGAUAUCCAUCAACUGGAGGGCACCAGCUUGGGGAAAUAAAGCUCAUUCCAAGUUACCGUAUUUUUUGCUCUAUAAGACUCACUUUUUCUCUCCUAAAAAGUAAGGGGAAAUGUGUGUGCGUCUUAUGGAGCGAAUGCAGGCUGCGCAGCUAUCCCAGAAGCCAGAACAGCAAGAGGGAUUGCUGCUUUCACUGCGCAGCGAUCCCUCUCGCUGUUCUGGCUUCUGAGAUUCAGAAUAUUUUUUUUCUUGUUUUCCUCCUCCAAAAACUAGGUGCUUAUUGUGGUCUGGUGCGUCUUAUAGAGCGAAAAAUACGGUAUAUCCCCUAUAAAUUGAGAAACUGGCUACUCUGAAGGACUGACUUGCUGUCAGUAGUUGUGCUAAACAGAUUUUUUUCAUGAGGGGUUCCUCCGUUGUAAGAGUUGGGCUCUGUUUAAAGAUUGUGUCCCUAAAACCUAUCUUGUUCCUUAUUUCAGGGUUAAAAGUAAACCGCCUUGACAUGUACGGAGAAAAGUACAAACCGUUUAAAGGUGUGAAGUACAUCACAAAAGCAGGGAAAUUCCAAGUGCGAACAUGAGACUCAAGAUCCCUGCUUUCUUGGCAGAUCAAUGUGGGGUUUUCUUGGGAUUCCCCCACCCCAGUUGAGGGGGAAGCAAGAUGACUUGGUGACUUCAGUUACACUAGAUGCCAGUUUUAACAGUUCCUCUUGAUUAGACUCAUUCCCAUGCACUACACUUCUUCAAAUUAAAUCAUAGUUUAAAAUAGGUCUUUAUAUAUGGCUUUGAAAUUAACUUUCUGUAACAGUUCCCUUUUGUGGGCUGAUUGGUUAAAUGACUUGUGAUUGCAAACGGGGACUGUCUGCAGAGCCAGCUAACAUGGUACACUGCCAAGCAAACUACCAAAGCACAAGAGGAAUGCAGGAACAUUUGGACACACACUUUGGGACAUCGCUGAAGGUAACUGACAUUCUUCUUAUAGCCUGUUGGAAAGAGUAUUAGGGCAUGUCACUUUCUAAGUCCUAUUCAGAAACAAAAGGGAGGGGGAUGGGCACAGUCCUCUGGCCAGAGCGAUCUUCAGUGGUACGAACAAGGCUUUCCCUGCAAUGUUUACAACAUGCUGCCUUUCAAAUCUAAACUGUUUUUUGCCUUACAAGCUUGUGCAUUCAGCAGACAAUCUGUAGCCAAUUCUGGAUUUUCUACAACUUGCUUUACUUCGAAGGUGAAAAAUGUAUGGUAGUGGAGUCUUUGCAUUGUCCCAAUAGGUGCCACCACUUUGGAAAGUUUUUCCCCCCUCUACGCAAUUUGUUUGUGCCAUGCAAACCUCAAGAGCAGCUUAACAAGGUUGUACUAUUUGUAAUGAAAUAAAAGGGAAUUCAGCUGUACUGCCUGGUCAUUCGGUUAAUUGAGUUACUGAAAUGCGUACACAAUGAGCUUUCGUUAAAUGGACGUGCAUUUAGUGCUGGCACUACUGUGCCAAACAGUCUAUAUUCAAUGAGCAAAGUCGUUUCCCCUUCAAACCUGAAAAUACUGACCUAAGUGGACAUUUUAUACAAAUGCAUUUUAUUUUGUUUGAACAGAACAAAGAAGGUUGAAAAUAUUAGCAUAUACAACAAAAUUCUGGUUUAUAAACAAAGGUAUUUAGUGGCAAAAUGCUCCUAACUGACAUUCAAGUUUGCUUCAUCUUAGGUCUGAUGAACAAUUGUUCAGGAAAGCAUAAAUUGCAUAAAGUGUGGAGGAUAUUAACUUCUAUAAAAGACUUUAGAACUUAGUAAAACAUUCUGAAGAAAUAUCCAAGGCAAAUAUGAGUCAGAGCUUUCCUUCAAACAUUCCUUAACAAAAAGCAGUCUUUGGUAUAAACCGUCAUGUAAUUAAAGGCAUUAGUAAUAUUGCAUUAAUACAAAGUCAAGCUAUUAAAUGGUGAUGAUUUU